GCCCGUCGGGCCGCGCGGCGCUCCUUCGGGCCGCGCGACAUCCCGGCGGGGCUGCCCCCCCCCCCCAUCGUCGCCAUGGUAGGGCAGGCCUCGUCCGCGACGGCCGCGACGCACCGCUGGGACAGCCGCGCCUCCGUCAAGGGCCAGGCCUCCGUCGCGCGCUCCGCCAAGCAGACCAAGAGCCCCGCCUGGCGCGGCGCGGCCACCGGCCGCGACCCGAACGCAGUGAACGGUCCGCCGCACGCCGUCGCCCGCGCGACGCACCGCUUCCUCGACGUCUACGACACGUGUCUGCGGGACGUCGACGAGUGCCUCGGCGUGCCCCGCGACGAGUGGGCGCCGCCCUUGGGCUACGACGUCGGCGAGACGACGUUUCGGGGGGCGCCGCGGCUCUGGCCCUCGGAGGCCAACCACCCGGCCGGGUACGCGAAGGGCGCCGACGCGCCCUCGGCCCUCACGGGCGCAUCAUUUAGACGCGAGACGACCGUCUCCUCAUUAAUGAGCGUGACGACGCUGCGCGGGUCGCGGCGGGCCGAGGCGCGGGCCUCGAAGCGCGGCGCGCGCAUGGCGACGGUCGCCGGCGAAAUAAGAAGAGUGCAGGCGGCGCGGCACGUCGACUGGGUCAAGGGCGAACCACCAAAGCCGCGCGGCCUCGCGCGGGCGACGUACGACCGGGGCCGGCUCCUCGGCGUCGCGGCGGCGCCGCACAGCACGUACCGCCGCGUCAUGCGCGCGACGGGGUCCGGCGCGCCCUCCAAAACGUCGCGCCCGAAGCGCUGCGGCUCCUACACCGUGCUCACGAACCCUGACGCGAAACGGCCGCCGGAGGACGCCGUCGCCGACGCCGUCGUGACGCACGUCGCGCGGGACCGGCGCCGCUACGCGCUGCGGCUGAGCGGCGCGGCGGCCUGCUCGCAGCAACUCCGGUCGUCUCGGUCGCCCGGCGCCUCGGCGAUUUUUGAUCUUCAUACUUUGUGGAGGGCCUCCGCCUCUGAAAAUCCCGACCCGUCCGUCAUCGCGAGGACGCAGUUCGUGACCGCUUUUAGGGCACGGCUGUCCGGCGGCCCGCGCCGCGCGGCCGACGCCCUCUACUCGUCGCUCGACCCGCGCCUCGCCGACCGCUGCCGCGUCGGCGCCGCGACGGCUGCCCUCCUCUUUGCACACCCAGUCUGGCCCGUCGACGGCCGCGACGCCGACUACUCGCAGGAGGAACGCGACGUCCUGAGCGCGGUGCGGGCCGCGGCCGAGUGCUACGACUAUGAUGGAAGAGGCCUCUCGUCGGACGAGAUCUCGGAGUUAUUAGAUACGCCCUGCGUGGACCGCGAGGCGUCGGACCGCCUCGCGGCGCUCGUCGGGUCUCACGAGCCGGGCCACCCGCGGCACUGGCUGGACAAGCCGUCCAAGGUGCACCCAAUACCCGACGUCUGGGGCCUCGACGGCCGCGUGGCGCCGGACGUCUUUGUGGACGGGCUCAAGGAGCGGCCCGAGUUGCUGGCGGAGCUCGUGGCGUGCAGUGCGCAGUACAAGGCCGCGGUCAACGCGCUCGCCGUCAUGCCGCGGGCGAAGCUCGAGAAGUACCUCUGAGUAACACACAAUGUCUUGUCUUAACACACGCACACAGUCUCAGCGCGGGUCGAGCACCGUCACCCAGCCGCGCGCGAUGUCGUAUU